UGAUGGAUCCAACACCAGGUCUCAAUCAAGUUUAUUCAAUGAUUGUUCAUGAGGAAAGUCAGCAUCUUAAUGGCUCAUUUGGCACACAUUCUGGAAUUCUGGGUAGUGGACCCCUAGAACGGGAUACGAACAUUUUUCUCACCGCAAAUGUAUCUACUUAUGGGCCUAAUGCCUAUGGAAGCUCUUUGUAUUGUACUUACUGCCAUAAGAAUGGUCAUGUACGUGAAUUCUGUCGCCGGCGUAUUGGGAAUAAUAAUUCUGGUGGAUAUGGAAAUAGUUUUAAUGCAGGGCAUGUUAACAAUGCUCCAAAUUACAGAGGAAAGAAUGGUAACAGUUCUGGUUAUGGAAAUAAUCACACAACUGGGCAACUGCAUAAUAAUAUCGGGUACAGGGGAAAGAGCACUCUUGAUAAAAGGAAUGUUACAGGUCCUUCAUCUCAUAGUGCUACUGCUGUGAAUGAUGAUUCUCCAUUGCCUUCACAAUUCUAACUAGUCAUCCACACUUUUACUCCUGAGCAAUAUCAACAAAUUUUCCUUAUGCUUGAUAGGAAUAAGGAACCGGCUGAUUCAGCUAAUAUGGCAGCCUACAUCUUAUGCCCAAGCUUACAGAAUCAGAAAUGGGUUCAAGCUAUGAAGCUUGAGAUUGAGGCACUUAAAGCUAACAACACUUCGGAGGUGGUGGAUCUACCUGUUGGAAAAGUUCCUAUUGGAUGUAAGUGGGUCCUUAAAAUCAAAUAUAAUUCUGAUGGUUCUGUGGAGAGAUACAAGGCUAGGUUGGUUGCUAAGGGCUAUACUCAACAUGAAAGUCUUGAUUUUCAUAACACUUUUUCUCCGAUUGCUAAAAUGGUGACUGUCCGAAAUAUUAUUUCUUUGGCUGCAUUGUAUUCUUGGCCCAUUCGUCAGAUGGAUGUGCAUAAUGCCUUUCUCAAUGGUGAAUUACAUAAGGAGGUUUACAUGUCCUUCCCGCAAGUCUUUGGUAGUCAAGGGGCGCAUUCACAGAAGGUAUGUAGACUAUUCAAAUCCUUGUAUGCAUUAAAGCAGGACAGUCGACAGUGAAACCUCAAAUUGAUCGAAGCACUAGUGGCAGCAAGGUUUACUCAAAGCAGAUAUGACUAUUCCUUAUUCACUAAAUCUGUUGGAACUAAACUUCUUAUUUUGUUGGUGUAUGUAGAUGAUCUUUUAUUGACAGGAAAUGAUUUAAAAUCAAUAAAGGAAGCACAAUAUGAUUUGCAUAAAAGAUUUAAAGUGAAGGAUAAGAUACUCUUUGGGAAUAGAAUUUGCAAGAUCCAAAGAAGGAAUUGCUAUAUCUCAAAGGAAAUAUGCACUUGGUUUGAUUUCAGAGUUAGGAUUUUCAGGAUCAAAGCCUAAAAAUGCACCACGUGAGCAGCAUUUGAAGUUGACAAGUGCAAAAUAUGAUGCAUGUGUAGACAGGGAUGUUGCAGACCUGCCACUAGAAGAUAGGGGAAGCUAUCAAAGACUGAUAGAAAAGUUAUUGUAUCUCACAAUAACAAGGCCAGAUAUUUUUACACAGUGUCUUAGCCAAUUUGUGUCUGCACCCAAAAGGUCACAUUAUGAGGUAGCCUUGAAUGUAGUGAGAUAUAUAAAAAAAUAACCAAAUUUGGGACUAUUGAUGCCAAGUACAGGAACAACUUAGGUUAUAGCUUAUUGUGACUCGGAUUGGGCCUCAUGCCCAAUGUCUAGAAGGUUUUACAAGUUAUUGUGUUAGGAUUGGAUCUGCACUGAUAUCUUGGAAAUCCAAGAAGCAAAGUACUAUGUCUAGGAGCUCAGCAGAAGCUGAGUACACAUCUAUGGCAUGCACUGUAGCAAAGUUGGUCUGGAUAGCAGGUUUAUUAAAGGAAUUAAAUGUUGAAACACAAUUGCCAAUGGAGCUUUAUUGUGAUAAUAAGGCAGCUUUGCAAAUAGCGGCCAAUCCAAUGUACCAUGAAAGGAUAAAACACAUUGAAAUUGACUGUCACUUCAUUAGAGACAAACUUCAAGAAGGGUUGAUCAAGACAACAUAUGUGAGCAGUAGAGAACAGUUAACAGAUAUACUCACGAAGGCCCUUGGACAUCAACAACAUCAUUUCCUGCUUAACAAGUUGGGAAUGAAGAAUAUCUUUCAUUCUCAACUUGAGGGGGAGUGUUAUAACAAGUUGUACUGCUAGUUAAUUAAGUUGUACAGUCUAGAGUUAGUUAAGAGAGGAA